CAGCGUCUCGGUGAUUGCGAGUGCCGAUCCUGCAAUUGCGUCUUUCCAAGUCAUACAGCGCCGGCAGCCUUGUCUCAAAGCACGCAGCACCAGCCCAGCAACAGCCCAAUAUGCCGAUGGCAACACCUCUCUCGGUGCUAACCUUGCUCUCCAAUGGGGAUGCAAAGGCGGUGAAGGCAACCAACGGCAGCCUCGUCACGAGCGAGGACGAAUCUGACAGCGAGGCUGAGGAACAGCCCAAGUACACGUCCACCUCGUAUCCGUCGAAUUGUCUGCAAUUCUUGCAAAAUGUUCCUGAAUUGCACACGCGUCAGCAUCGUGAGGUGAAACAGGCCAAAGUGAAGCUGGAUAUCCUCAUUGUCGGUGCUGGCCUUGGUGGACUGGCUACGGCUGUAGCCUUGCGCAGGAGAGGUCACGAUGUGACGGUUUUUGAGCAGGCUCCGGAACUCAUGGAGGUCGGCGCUGGUAUUCAAGUUCCACCAAAUUCAGGAAUACUCCUAAAACGAUGGGGAGUUGCCCAGCGCUUUGCGAAAUACGUCGUCCAGCCAGCUAAGAUGAAUUUCCGGCGCUGGCAAAACGGAGCUUUGAUUGGCGUCACAGACACCUCGCCCGAGUUCAGUGCAAAGUAUGGGUCGCCUUACUAUGUUGUGCACAGAGCUCAUCUCCACAAUGCUCUGUAUCAGCAGGCCAGUGCGCUGGGAGUUAAGACGAUGCUGAACAGCAAGGUGGACGAGUACAAUCCAGAGACGGCCACCAUUAUUCUGUCAGAUGGGAGUGUCUUCCAGGGCGAUCUGGUCGUUGCUGCAGAUGGGGUGAAAUCGCUCGCACGAGCAUUGGUAUCUCCUGGAGGAAGAGGGGUGCCGAAGCUCACGGGUUUUGCAGUAUAUCGCGCAACAGUUGAUGUUGACAAGAUGAGACCUUUUCCAGAGCUUGCUUGGAUUCUGGAGAAGCACAACCUGAAUCUCUGGGUUGGCGAGGACCGCCACGUGAUGACCUACUCCAUAGCUGGCGGAAAGUCAUUCAACAUGGUCUUGUCCCACCGCGACAAAGGAGAUCCUGCCACCUUCGGUCUGGAGGAGGAUAUCCUGGGUAAUAUGAGGAGGGAGUUUGAAGGAUGGGAUCCACAACUCACCAGAAUCAUUAGCCUGAUAGACAAGGCACUGAAGACACCCCUAAUGACCGGCUCUGCACUGGACAAAUGGGUAUCCAACUCCUCCAAGCUCAUUAUCCUAGGUGACGCAGCCCACGCCAUGGUCCCGUAUAUGUCCCAAGGCGCAGCGAUGGCAGUCGAAGACGGCGCCGCCCUCGCUGUGGCCCUGAGCAAGAUCACGUCACCCAAGGAGGUCAAAUUCGCCUUGAAUGUCUUCGAGCAGGAGCGGAUCAAGCGGAGCAGCAUGAUGCAGGAGGCGAGCAUGGUAAACUCGAUGAUCUGGCACUUCAAGGACGGGCCGCUCCAGCAGGCGCGGGAUGCGGCCAUGCGGCCUGAGGUGGACGGGAGGCAUUUCCUCAGCAGUCCGAAUCAGUGGAGUGACCCAGUCACGCAGAACUGGGCGUAUGGGUAUGACGCAGAGAAGGUGAUGGAGGAGGCUUGGGACAAGGCGAUUCAUGAUCUGAUACUGAAAACGCAGAAUUAGAAACGGGAUGAGCCAUUGACAGUAUGAUACGGGCCAAAGACCAGACGCAAAGAUAACAUAGUGGUUUUGGAAACUAUAAUUUGAUUUCUGCUAAUUAUUG